AGCGCGAAGCGACCGUGUGACUUUGGUGUGCCUGCCCGAUGAGCACCAACUAGCGCGCUUCUCUUACCCUCAGUUUGCAUGGUUGACAGUAACCAUGAGCAACGCCCCUUGGUUGCAGUGCGAUGCGUCUAACAGAGCUCUGUACUCGCUUUGAAAGCUCUUUCUGUUUGACUUGUUUUGAGAUUUUUUGCUGCAGCACGCCUUUUGUUUGCGCCUCUUGAAUUUGAUGAGCUUAGAGGAGUGAUUUGGAUGACAUUGCCUUCUCAAAUCAACGUUUUGCCUCUUUUACAGCUUGUUGUUUUUGAGCUUGCGUCUGGUUGGCUUGUCUCGUCUCGUUUGCGGUUGUUUUGCAACUCUUUGCGUGACUGGCGUGCUGUGCUGCUGCCGAAGUUGGUCUCUUUGACACGUGUGAUUGGCUGUCUCUCUCGAGCAGCAGCGGCCGUGUCCACAGUGGGGGAGCGCGGCCCCCCCGGCAGGGCUACGUAAGGGUGGACCACCGCCGCCCCGUGUCCACCGGCAGCCUGUUCGCGGAGCUUUACGACGACUCCGAGGACGAGGACGACGAGGUGGGCUACGCCGACCCCGUCCACGAUGACCUCUACUCCCGCAAGAUGGGCGCCAAACCCAAGGUGUCUUAUGACAAGUUCUUGCCAAAGUUCUGGACGCCCGAAGAGGACGUUCACAUUCAGAAGAUCAAACUGGGCUCUCAGACGAGACCCUGGUACAAGAAGAUGCAAGGCUUCAGCUAUAAGAAGUCGGGCUCUUCGUCGGACGAUUCCGACUGCGACAUCAGCCCUUGGCUCUCCUCUGCCCGCCCUCCCUCUGGCCCCCCCCACUCUCACCCCCACACGCACGAGGCCUCGGCUCGCGCCACCCUAGUUGUGGGGAAAAGUCCUCACACGCAAGCACACACUCUCCCACAGCUCCCCAAGACACAACACCCCUUGUUACAGCCCCCCCCUCUGGUGUUUGCCCCAGUGGACCCCGCUUCGGGUCCCAGGCUGGUCAAAUGUGAGCGUUGGGCCCUCUUGGGGCGCCAAGACCCCCGGGAGCCCCCGGACCCCUUUGAUUAUGAGAGCCUUUCCCCUGACCUGGAGAACGACGACAUGUUCGCCAGGCGCACCCUGGCCUUCCAGUCCAACACGGACAUGGCCAUGACCAAGACCCAGCUCUCAGCGCACCGCCGGGCCUACUCGUCCGAGCCGCAGCUCAACAUCGUCACGCAGCGCCACGCCGGCGACGAGGACCAGUACCCCGACAUCGAGCGGGACGACGUGGUCUACCGCAAGGAGAAAGCCCGGCAGGCCGCGCAGCAGCGGCCGCUCUCAGGGGCCCCGGACCACUACGCCCCCAUGGCCGUCCCCGAGCCGUGGGCUCUGCCUCCCGAUCUCAAGGCCAGACUCCUGUGCCCCCCGUGUCCCCUGACUCGAGAGGAAGCAGCACACGGACAGGACGGGGCCGGGAAGGAGCCACGUCCCAAGACGGAUGACAUGCUCGUCCGGAAACUCUGUUCCGAUCAGAGCCAGAGCUCAAAGAGAGACGCGCGGGCCAACCGGAUGGCGCCCUCAGUGCCGUCGCCCUGCAGCGAGGGCGACCUGCAGAGAUGGCAGGAGAUUAGGGAAGCCGGCCGGCUGAGAUACAAGAAGAGGCUCAUGGUGGAGAGGCUGGCUGCUCUGAAGUUGUAAAGACGUGUUCCUCCUGACUUUGUGGACCGUCCAUGUGUCCGAUCAGAUACCUGUUGUUCCAACUUGUAAGGGACUGGUCUGAGGGCCAUCUUCUUUAUGAAAACAAAUAGCCGCCUUCAUUAUUCACUUGGUCGGUCACAACUGCAACAGAGGCCUCCGCGACAGCUACGUCUUCUUGUUUAUUCUAUUGUUUGUUGUUACCAGAAGGUGUUUUCCCUGUCAACAAGAGACAAACUACGGGUUUCCAGCACAAAGGGGGUGUGGUUCAUUUUACCGUAGCAACACGUGCCACGUGCAUGCCGAGCGCAUGGAAACCUGCCGCUACUGUGUUUAUGAAGAGUGACUUUGAACAAAGCAACAAUGCAGCGCUGUUUCAACAGAGUUCUGCAUUUAGUCAUUGGUUUUGUUUUUCUAUCAGACCGCGUUUGCCUGUGAAUAGAAAAUAUAUAUAUAAGAGCUUAAUAAAGAAAAUAAAGACUUCAUGAUCUCGUGA